GUUUCAAUGAAACUGGGAUUUGAGCUCCUGCCUUUAAUGAGCGCGCUGUUCGCCUGUGUUUGUGCAGAGCAUGCCUUCGAUCAGCGGGGAGCGGGUGGCUCUGUGCGCGGGCUGCGGAGGGAAGAUCUCUGACCGCUAUUACCUGCUCGCCGUGGACAAGCAGUGGCACAUGCGCUGUCUGAAGUGCUGCGAGUGUAAACUCAACCUGGAGUCUGAACUCACCUGCUUCAGCAAAGACGGAAGCAUCUACUGCAAAGAAGACUAUUACAGAAGGUUUUCGGUGCAGAGAUGUGCCCGGUGCCACCUCGGGAUCUCGGCUUCGGAAAUGGUCAUGAGGGCCAGGGAUUUGGUGUACCACUUGAACUGUUUCACCUGCACGACUUGCAACAAAAUGCUGACGACUGGGGACCACUUCGGCAUGAAAGACAGUCUGGUGUACUGCAGGCUGCACUUUGAAACGCUCAUCCAGGGAGACUUCCCCACGCAUUUCAAUCACACGGAUGUAGCGCCUAAUAAAGGACUGGGCAGCACGGGCCCUCUAGGACUGUCUUAUUAUAAUGGCGUGAACACGAUGCAAAAGGGCCGGCCCCGAAAAAGGAAGAGCCCUGGGCCCGGAGCGGACUUGGCGGCUUAUAAUGCAGCAUUGAGCUGCAAUGAGAACGACGGUGAUCCGAUGGACAGAGACUCGCAGUACAGCUCCAGCCAGAAGUCCAAGCGCAUGAGAACGUCAUUUAAACACCAUCAGCUGAGGACCAUGAAGUCGUAUUUUGCCAUCAACCACAAUCCUGAUGCCAAGGAUCUGAAACAGCUGGCCCAGAAAACAGGUCUCACCAAGCGCGUACUACAGGUCUGGUUUCAAAACGCUCGGGCCAAGUUCAGACGAAACCUCCUGCGCCAGGAGAACACGGGUGUGGACAAGGCCUCGGACGGGUCGACCCUGCCUGGAGGAACGCCGUCCGGACCGGCCUCGGAGAUUUCCAAUGCCUCCAUGAGCCCAUCCAGCACUCCUACGACCCUCACAGACCUGACCAACCCCACAAUGCCCACCGUCACCUCCGUACUGACCUCUGUCCCGGGCAACCUGGACAUUCACGAAUGCCGUAGUCCAUCGCAGAGCACCUUAACCAGCCUCUUCUGAUGCUCAGAUUCGAACAAAUGGACGAGUCACCUUCAUCUGCUUCCUCCGAAGCCCAAUCGUGGAGCCACCUAAAUCAGAAAUAAAGCGUGAGCAUCAUUGAUCAUGCUAGUCAUUCACAAACUACAUCUAUCUGAUACGUAAACCGAUCUACCUGGGCAUUUUUCUACAGGCCAGGAACUUUACAAAUGUGGCCAAUCCAAUUCAAAAGACUAUACAAAACAAGACGUGAAAGAGAAACUCUUUGUUUAAAGUAUUGCAUUUUGGGGACUCAAGUUUCACUGAAGGAUCUGUUGAUAAGAGACUGAUUUGCAUUUUAUUUAUUUUCAUGU